AUGCGCAACAAGAGAGGCCAAGACCCAAAUCUCUUCUGUGAAUUCCACAAAGAUACGGGCCACUUAACCGACAACUGUUUCAGUCUAAAGCAAGAAAUCGAGAGAGCCCUGAGAGAUGGAAAGCUCACUCAUUUGGUCAAAGGCGGAAAGCGCGGUUACCGCCAAAUACAAAGAAGAGAUGAGGGGCCAGAUAACAAAAAGCUCAGAAAGCUAGAAACUCACAUGGUGCAGGGAGGUCCACGAAGACCAAGGAAAAACUACAACAAGCGCGCGCAGGAUGAUUCAUGGCGCGAAAAGCAAGUUAUUUUUCCAGUUGUUAGAGGGGGUCCAAGAGAAAAGCGACCAAUAGUCAUUCCAGGUGUGAUUGGCCACUACCAGACAGAUUACAUCUUCAUUGAUCCCAGGAGCACCGCGGAUAUCAUAUAUGAACAGUGCUUCAAUCAAUUUGAUCAAGAGGACAAGGCGCGUCUAGAGCCAGUCGAUUAUCCACUAACUGGUUUCUGUAACAAAGCCGUCUUUCCCCUAGGACAAAUAUCAUUCCCGGUGUUGCUUUCAGACGGGAGAAACUCAAGAACUGAAGAAGUCACAUUCAUGGUAUUGCCGGCGCACUCAAGACAUGACAUCCUCCUAGGAAGAGAAUCCCAAGGAGACUUCAGUAUGAUCUGCUCCGCACCACAUUCCGCUGUUGGAUUCCCCACCGAAACAGGCAUUGCGCUGAUAUAUGCAAGUAAGGAAGUUUUAGCAACAGACGAAAUCAGACCAGCCAAAGCAAGCAAGCCAGCACCACGCAUAGAGGCAGAAAAAUGGGUAUUGAACAACGCAUACCCAGAACAAACAGUCACUCUGGGGCCCGCCAUGUCCGACCUGACGCGCGCGGCGCUCAAGAAAUUACUGCACGAAAACAUGGACGUGUUCGCAUGGACACCGGCUGAUAUGGUCGGCGUUCCACGGCAUAUAGCAGAACACCGCCUAAAUGUCUCAGAAGACGCAAAGCCAGUGGUGCAUGCCAAACGCCACCUAGGCGACGUCAAACACGAUGCCAUGAAAGAACAAGUGUUAGAGUUGCUAAACGCAGGAAUCAUCAGAGAAGUCAGGUACCAAACAUGGGUAGCAAGCCCAGUAAUGGUAAAGAAGCCAAAUGGCAGCUGGAGAAUGUGUGUCGACUAUAAGGAUCUGAACAAGGCAUGUCCCCGUGACUGCUACGCUUUACCAGACAUAGACGAGAAAAUCGAUUCUUUGGCAACAUUCCGGUGGAAAUGUUUUCUGGAUUGCUACAAAGGGUACCAUCAAGUUCAAAUGGCCAUUCAAGACGAAGAUAAAACCGCAUUUCGCACGCCAACAGGCCUGUAUUGCUACACCAAGAUGCCUUUCGGCUUGAAAAAUGCAGGCGCGACAUACCAAAGGUUGAUGAACGAAACAUUCAGUGACGCCAUUGGUAAGUACAUAGAAGUGUACAUGGAUGAUCUGGUAAUCAUGAGCAAAGAAGAAAGCACGAUGCUGGCGAACAUACAGAAGACCUUCAAUACGCUACGCAGCGUAAGUAUCAAGUUGAACCCAGCAAAGUGCUCAUUCGGAAUGGAAGAAGGGAAGUUCUUGGGUUUCAUCGUCACAAGGGAUGGUUUUAAGGUAAAUCCGGAAAAGGUCCAAGCCAUAGAAAGGAUGCCUUCACCAUCAAACAUCAAAGACAUGCAAAAACUAGCAGGACGAUUAGCCGCACUCAAUCGCUUCUUAGCUAACCACGCGGCAAAAUCCUUCCCAUUCAUCAAGACCUUGCGCAAUUGCAUGAAGAAAAGCCAAUUCCAAUGGACUCCGGAAGCAGAAAGUGCGUUCCGCGAGAUGAAAGAUUGCCUCAUAAAACUGCCGACACUAACCGCACCAAACAAGGGAGAACCUCUGGUACUUUACCUAUCAGCUUCCGACAGGUCAGUCGGAGCUGUACUACUCGUCGAUCGUCAAGGUGUCCAGACACCAGUUUACUAUGUGUCGCGAACCUUGACCGAUCCAGAGACUCGGUAUGCAAUCAUGGAGAAGCUAGUCCUUGCACUGAUUCACGCUUCAAGGCGGCUGCGCAGGUAUUUUGCCAACCACGUCAUCCACGUGCUAACAAACUACAACAUUGGAAAUAUCCUUGCAAGGCCAGAAGUAUCAGGAAGGUUAGCCAAAUGGGCAAUAGAACUGGGAGGUCAUAAUGUGGUUUUCAGACCAAGACCAUCAAUCAAAGGCCAGGUCUUGGCAGAUUUUAUGACGGAAGUCCCAGAUGACAAAGACAGAGAAUGUAAAGCGAUGGAGAAAGCUGAGAAAAAGCAAACAGAGGAGCCAUGGCUGUUGUACACAGAUGGUGCAUCUAAUGAAGAUGGAGCAGGCGCAGGGCUAAGGCUGGUAAGUCCAGACAAACAUGAAUUCACAUACGCCAUACGCCUGGAUUUCAAGAGUACAAACAACGAAGCAGAGUAUGAAGCCUUCCUGGCUGGCUUACGAUUGGCAAUCAAAAUGGGGGUCCGACACAUCGAAGCGCAUGUGGACUCCAUGUUAGUAGCAGGCCAAAUCAACGGCCAAUAUGAAGCCAAGGGCGAUAUAAUGGCACUCUAUCUCAACCAAGCGAAAAAAUUGCUACAAACCUUCUAUUCCUACAAGGUGCACCACAUAAAUCGAAGCGAAAACAAGCCGGCCGAUGCUUUAAGCAAGCUGGCAUCCACAAGUUUCCAGCACCUAGAAAAAGAUGUGCGCAUAGAGGUCUUGAGCAAUCCAUCCGUUCCACUGAGAGAAGUAAGCGUCAUCCAGACAGGAACAACGUCCUGGAUGAUGCCGAUAACCAUGUACUUACAGUCAGGGAUACUUUCAGAGAACAAAGCCGAGGCGCGGAAGUUCCAAUACAAAUCAGAACACUAUCAAAUGGCAUAUGGGAUAUUGUACCGAAAGUCGUAUCUUGGCCCACUGCUACGAUGUGUUGACGCCGACGAUGGAAAUUACCUGAUCCGAGAGGUGCAUGAAGGAAUUUGUGGUAUCCAUGCCGGGCCUCGAAUGGUAGUGGCAAAGGUGAUGAAUGCCGGAUACUACUGGCCCGGGAUGCAUCUUGAUGCUGUGAAAGAAUUGAGAAAGUGUAGUGGCUCAGACGGCCUCGAAGGAUGGUUCAAAGAACUCCACAUCGAGCAUACCUUCUCUUCGGUUGCGCACCCGCAAGGGAAUGGUCAAGUAGAGGCAGUCAACAAAAGCAUCGUCGAUGGCGUAAAGGCAAGGCUCGGUGAGAAACGACGAGGGUGGGUCGACGAACUACCCAGCAUACUGUGGGCCCAUAGAACAAUGCCAAAAACAAGCAAUGGUGAAACACCUUUCAGCUUGGUCUAUGGGUCUGAAGCAGUGAUCCCAGCAGAAAUCGGGCUACCAUCUCCGAGAAUGCUCUCCAUGAACCUAAUCAACAACGACGAAGAAAGGAGGAUCGAACUGGACCUCCUAGAAGAACGGAGGGAGAUGGCAGCAAUCAACGAAGCCAAGUACAAGUCGAAGCUGGAAAAGUAUUACAACUCCAGAGUCCGAAUCUGCACCUUCAAUCCGGGAGAUUAUGUCCUAAGAGACAAUGAAGCGUCCAACUCAGAAAAGCCCGGAAAACUGGCUCCCAAAUGGGAAGGCCCAUACAUAGUCGAUCCAGUACUCGGCAAAGGAGCCUACAAACUACGCACCAUCAACGACAAAGAGGUUCCACGAACCUGGAAUGCCCAGCAACUCCGAAAGUGCUACAUGUAA